UCUUUUUUUGCUGCUGGUUGCGUUACAUUCAUCUGUUGUUUAUUGCUGUUGUUUCGUUCGGAAGCAUUUAUUUCGACCGACACACAACGACUUGCUCGCUAAAAGGAGUAAGAAAAGAGCAUUAGGAUGGAUCCCUAUAAACUAUGGACUUUACUAUGUGUACUGGGUUUCUCCCGAACAGGAUUGAUCUCGGUUAAUGGAAGAACGACUAGAGUGGACAGUGACAACCGACCAUCUUGUGCUGAUGGCCAGCCGAUUCCCAAAACACGAAUUAUAACCGCCGAUCGUGUAAUGGCACUACGAAUAUGGUUCCGAAAUCCGGUCGGAGAUGGUAAAAGAAUAGAUGCUUAUAUCGUACCAUCAGAAGACGCUCAUCAGAGUGAAUAUGUUGCUGCUUACGAUAAAAGGAGAGCUUUUAUUAGUGGAUUCAAAGGAUCACGAGGAACGGCUGUCGUAACUACAAGCAAGGCUGCUCUUUGGACUGACGGUCGCUACUUUUUGGAGGCGGAAUCUUCCCUGGAUUGUUCCUGGAUUCUUCAGCGUAUGGGUAACCCAGGUGUUGUUGAUAUUCCUGAAUGGCUUGGCAAAGAACUGCCAUCUGGCAGCAGAGUUGGUGCCAGUCCAAUGCUCAUGUCAGCAAUGAAAUGGAAAAAAAUGUCUAUCCAGCUGGCUAGAUACAACAUCACUUUGAUAGAAGUACUCCAGGAUCUUGUCGAUUUGGUCUGGACUACAACUCGACCUGAAAAACCAAACUCUGUCAUCAAUGCUUUACCACUCAAAUUCGCAGGUAAAAGUUGGCAAGACAAAGUGCAAGACCUCCGCAAUGAAAUGGUCAAACAAAAUGUUGCUGCAUUCAUAGUGACCAGCCUGGACGAGAUUGCUUGGCUUUUUAACUUUCGCGCAAAGGACGUGCCUUUCAAUCCUGUGGCCAUAGCGUACGCGAUAGUUGAUCGACAGAAAAUAAGGCUCUACCUGAAUAAUCCAUCAGAUAAGUUGAAUUUCGAUCCAACUGACAGUGAGACCAAUAAGAAGCUGUAUGAACAUCUCAACACUAACCGAAGGGGGCGUUGCCUUCGUAAAGACGACUGUGUUGAGGUUUUGAAUUACAAUGCUAUUCUUAAAGACAUCAAAGAAUUGGUCUAUAAUUUACACCGCAAAAUAUGGAUCCCUGAAACGUGCAGUUAUGCUAUCUACGACUUAAUUCCUGAGGACCAAAGAUUUAUGACAGUAUCACCAGUUGCCAUGAUGAAAUCUGUCAAAAAUGAAGUUGAACGUAAGGGCAUGGAGAACGCACAUAUUAGAGAUGCUGUAGCUUUAAUAGACUUUAUUGAAAAACUGGAGAAAGAGGUGAAAGCAGGAGAAAUGUGGACAGAAAUCUCAGCAGCAAAAGAACUUUCGAAGACAAGAAGUAAGCAGAAAUACAACCGCGGUUUGAGUUUUGACAGUAUUUCAGGAUCUGGCCCAAACGGUGCCAUAAUUCAUUACCGCCCAACCAACGUCACUAAUCGAGAAAUUACCACCAAGGAUAUUUAUCUGCUGGACUCUGGUGGCCAGUAUUUAGAUGGUACCACAGAUGUGACAAGAACAUUUCAUUUUGGAGAACCAACACGUUACGAAAGAGAAUGUUACACAAGAGUAUUGAUGGGUGCUAUUGACUUGGCUGAGCAGAAGUUCAUUGCUGGUACACCAGAUAGACAACAUGACGCAAACUGUGAUAAUACCGUUACUUUGAGUUUUCAUCUGAAUUUACUAAGAAAGGCCGCGGCAGAAUACACUUGCUAUCGUUUCAUGAACUUCAAUUUUUUCAAAUUCAAACCUAUUACACUGGUACCUUUCGAACCGAAUCUCAUUGACUAUUCUAUGCUGAGUAAAGACCAGAUUUAUUGGUUGAAUAAUUACAAUAAGCUGUGCGAGGAUGUAAUUGGUCCUGAAUUAAUGAGACAGGGGAAGAAUGACGCUUUGAAUUGGUUGCAAAAAAGAACUCAACUUAUCAGCAGCGCAGCCACAAUAACUUCUUCUCUCUGUCUUUUCCUGUCCGUUUUUCAUUUUACCAUUUUUUAAAGAAAGAAUACACGGAAGUCAUUUCAUAUGUCUCACUUUAUUAAUAACA